AAUCCUUUUACAAGCCGGCCCGCAGUCGACUCCGCGAUUAACCAUCGCACUUCAUCUCAUCCUUGAGUCAUCGCCGCCGUUGGCUCCUUCUCCUUCUACCGUUACCGCAAUCCCCGCCGUCGCCUCAUCCACAUCCUGUCGUCGCAUUCAUAGCCUCCAUUGCAAGCUGUGGCCGCCGCCUCCUCAAUUUGACGUCCAGUGAGCUACCUGUUUUCCUUCUCCGCUGUCUGUUUUCCUGGUUCCACCAAUUCAAUGCUUGGGGUUGGCAGAUCGCUUUCCGAUGUCAGUCAGCGCCUCCUUCGCAACCUAGCGUUACGAUGUCAACAAGUGCAAUGCCUCCGUGUUGGGAAUGCGGAGAUUCCAAACCACAAGAGGCUGCAGAUUUCUCUUCAGUACAUCCAUGGAAUUGGCCGCAGCAGGGCUCAUCAGAUUCUGGUGGACUUGAGUGUCCAGAACAAGCUUACCAAGGACUUGACCGGUGUCGAACUUAAUGCACUUAAGGAGGAAGUCUCCAAGUACUUGACUGGAGGAGAUUUAAAACGAUGUGUCAGUGGCGAUGUACAAAAGCUGAUAGACAGCGGAUGCUACAGAGGGAUCAGGCAUGUCGAUAUGUUGCCUUGCAGGGGACAACGUACAAAGACCAAUGCACGGACUAGGAAAGAACACACCAAGCAGUUGGGGAAAGUACCAACCUCCCGCUGAAGUUUAUUUUGGAACACCAGAAAGUAUUCUGGCAAACUCUAGGUUGCGCGGAUAGAACAUCAUUGAAAAAUUAGUUCUAAUGCAUACCUUCUUUGCCUUUUGACAUUGUGGCUUUGAUAUCCUCUCUUAAUAAAAUUUGAUGGUGCUUCCUUCUGCCUUGUAAUACAUUCUAUUUUCUUAGUAGAUCCUACCCAGUCGAAUCCUGGCUACAUGCCAUUGUCGACCAGUUUAGUCCCAACAUCAAAUUUUAUCGUUGAAUCGGGUUAACUCGACACCACAUGCAACUGCUAAUCAAAUGCUGCUACAAAAGUUUCUCCGCUGAAACCCAACAGUGGAUUCAACCAUAAGAGAGAAAUGGAAACAGCACGAGAAAAUACACAUGAAAUACAUUAACAGGACAGCCAUCUGAUGGCUGCCAAGAUCUACAUUAAGAGAGCACAAACAAAGAUGGUAGGCGAAAAUUAUAUAGACAAGCCCUACAAAGAAUUUCGUUUCCUAGCCACGGAGCAAAAAAAACCAGGCAGUCUUCUUCAUCUGAUUCGAGGAUGCCUUGCCAGGUUUCGAC